CAGUCACGAAAGCUUUAAAACAAACAAAAAAAACCCCGUGUAUAUAAAGUUAACGCUUUCAGGAAGUAGGUGGUGCUGGUGGUGGUGGUCCUGGUUGUGCUGCUUCCGCGGAUUUCGUCUGAGGCGCCCGCAGAGCCGGCGAGGAGACGUCGCCUCUCGCCGGGCUAAUGGCGAGCUAAGCCGCCGAGUUCUCCUCCACGUCGCCUGCACCCUCCCUCCUCUCGCUACGGACUAUCCAACUUGAACACCACACCACAACACACACACCACACACACUUCAACCCACACUCUCGUCGCAGCGUCUCAAGAGGCACAAGGUUAGCGUGUUUGUGGUGGAGAGAUUCGCGUUUACCGGCUUUUUGCUCGGCGCGGGAGAGCGAAGCCUGCGGUCUUUCCUGAUUUUCCGGCCGGCUUUGGGGUGCCGAGACGCCGCCGGGAAGCGAGGAUCGUCGUCAACAACCGUGGUCAAUCCACUGCUGGAUGAAGGUGUCAUCAAUCCGUCACCUCCCGCCACGGUCCUGCGAUACAGCAAUCCACCCAGCAUCUGCAGUGUAAAUCUCUGGGCGUGUUCAAGCGACGCCCGCGGUGUUUGAUCGGAAAGGGAUGGCACCGAGGAGGGCGGACUGACCCGCGACCCCUUACCCUGUCGCCACUUCUGAUACCCUCGCCGCCACCGCCGCCGCCGCCAUGACCUUCAAGCAGACCAACAUCGAGGAGCUCUACGACUUCUCCGAGGAGCUUGGCAGCGGGCAGUUCGCCAUCGUGCGCAAGUGCCGCGAGAAGAGCUCUGGCGUGGCGUACGCCGCCAAGUUCAUCAAGAAGCGGCGGUCACGCGCCAGCCGCCGCGGCGUGAGCGAGGAGGAGAUCCUGCGCGAGGUGGACAUCCUGCGCGAGAUCGCGCACCCCAACAUCGUCACGCUGCACGACGUCUUCGAGAACCGCACCGAUGUCAUCCUGCUGCUUGAGCUCGUGUCUGGCGGCGAGCUGUUCGACUUCCUGGCGGAGAAGGAGUCGCUGACGGAGGAGGAGGCCCUGGACUUCUUGCGGCAGAUCCUGAGCGGCGUCGACUACCUGCACGGGCGCCACAUAGCACACUUUGACCUCAAGCCCGAGAACAUCAUGCUGCUGGACAAGAGCGAGCGACGGCCGCGCAUUAAGAUCAUCGACUUCGGACUGGCGCACAAGAUCGUCGACGGGAUGGAGUUCAAGAACAUCUUCGGCACGCCCGAGUUUGUCGCUCCUGAAAUCGUGAACUUUGAACCGCUGGGGCUGGAGGCCGACAUGUGGCUGAGCGGCGCCUCUCCGUUCCUGGGCGACAGCAACGAGGAGACGCUCGCCAACAUCACAGCCAUGAACUACGACUUUGACGAGGAGUAUUUUGGCCAGACGAGCGAGCUGGCCAUCGACUUCAUCCGCAAGCUGCUCGUCAAGGACCCCAAGAAACGUCUUCUCAUCAAAGACACGUUCAUCCACCAGUGGGUCAAGGGCAAGCAGCCGGCCCCGGCGCAGGCGGACCGCGACACCAGCAAGAAGGAGCGGCGCCGCCUCAAGCCGAGCCGCCUCAAGGAGUACACGAUCAAGUCGCACUCGAGCAUGCACCCCAACAGCACCUACGUGGACUUUGAGAGGUUCACGCGGGUCGUGGAGGAGCUGGCCAGUAUGGAGGAGGGCCUGGGCGCGCUGCAGAAGGGCCGCCGGCGCCUGCGCGAGGAGCUGGGCGUGCUGCUGGCCGCGUGCAGCGAGACCGAGGUUCACCAGCGGCAGGCGGGCGAGGCGGCGCGCCAAGAGAUGUCGCGCGCCCGCUACGAGGCCCGCAAGGCGGACGAGGGCUGGCGCCACGCGCGCGACGAGACGCGGGCCCUCGACGCGGCGAUCACGCACGUCGAGGGCCGCAUGGGCCGGCGCCAGGCGCAGCUGGAGGCGCUGGCGCAGGAGGUGGCGGCCGAGAUCACGUGGAUGCAGGAGGUGCUCGGCGAGGCGACCGCGGCGGCGGCGGCGGCGCCGCUGUCCAUCGCCGCCGGGAUCAACGGAGACUCGCACUGCUGAGACGCCGGGGACCGGGCCGCCGUGACGUCGCCGAGUUUGGUGUCGAUUUUAACUUGGGGGGGGGGGGGGGGGGGUGGUUGGGGGGGGGGGGGGUUCCGUCCACCGUUUGCGGUGGGGCGCCGCAUGGUGGCUGACCGGCUCGGGCGAAGAGUCUCGCGUUUGGUGCGGUUGUCGGCGGGGAAGUGGCUUCUCGGGUGACGGCUGUGGACUCGCUCGACGUAGGGCAAAGGGAUGCAUUUGCAGCGGAGACAUCCACGGGGGACCCUUUGACUCUUGAGACAUCAUAGACACCUGCGUGUAUGUUGAACUUCUUUCGCACCGUACGUAGCCAACCGCGCUUAACGGAGGUGCCGGGGAAGGACUGAAAACUUAAAGCAACAAACUUGAUGGCACCUUUCGUCCGCAUUUACUUUCGCAUAUAUCGACCGAUGUGCUAUAGUGAAAUCUAAAGACCCUGUUGCGAUAGCAACAUAGGUUGUCUUGUUUUGCUAUAGCAACGUCGGUAGAGCCAGUUACUGCAGUGAAGUCCAUAAAGGCCCAUUUACCAUGGUGAGGUUUGGGCACCCAUUUACCGCAGUGACGCACAAAACCAAUUAGUUACAUCAGUAGACCUAUCUGCCAUCAGGACAUCAAUAUACCCAUUCGCUAUGAUAUCAAUAGUUAACUAUUAAUCUGUUCGUCACUAUCGAUGUCGAGUAUCCGACAGAACCAUGAUAGCAACAUUUGUAGUCCAGUUUGGCAACAUCUUUACAUCAUAUUCUUGGUUCUUUCGGUAAAGUCACGUAGAAGGGAAACAAUAAAAUAAUAGAAAUAUUGAGCAAUAUUUUAUAUUUUUAUUAUAAAACAAUAUUUUAUGUAUUUAUUAUUUUAUUGUUUCCCUUCUACGUGACUUUACCGAAAGAACCAAGAAUAUGAAUCCCUGCAGUCACGAAAGCUUUAAAUCAAAAUCUUUACAUCAGUUUACUAAUUGUGUCAUCUGUAGACCCGUUUAAUGUGGUGAUGUUCACAGAGCCCGACAGCUCAAUGAUUUCGGAGCACUUUGGAAACGGUUAAUGGUCUUUUUUCUUUUAAGCCGCACUUUUAUCUUUUUACAUCUGCAGAGCCGUUUUCUCUCCCAGCGAGGGUGCCGGAGAGAAGGGGGGGGGGGGGGAGUGCUGUUGGGCUGAUCUGGUGGCCAGCUUUGUACUUUCAGAAUCGGGAAUCUUUAUUUAUACUGCAGGAGGAAUGCGGCGAGCCAUGAAGCUCUUCAUCCACAGGUGUCCUGUAUGGGCGGGUCGGCAGGUUACAACGGCAAACAAUACAACAUCUAGAAAAUGCUAAGCAAGUCGUGAAAUAUUCUUGGUUCUUUCGGUAAAGUCACGUUGAAGGGAAACAAUAAAAUAAUAAAAUAUAUAUAAAACAAUAAAAAUUCUCACGACGUUUCGACCAUAACACAA